CUGUCGUCGGUAAUUAUGUUUCGUAAAGAUAAUUCAACGAGAGGUGUCCUGUAGAAUGAUCGAAGCGUAAUCGCGUGUCGUAGUGGAAUGACACUGAAAUGUCAUCAAAAGCAUGGGAAAUACUAUAAACUUUUGAAUUUGGAAGACAGACAAAAGAAGAAGAGAAUAAUUAAAUAAAAUAUAUCGUAUUUAUUGCCGUACAAGAUUGAAAAAAAUGGGCAAGGUUUGUUCUUGUUUUUCACGAUUUAGAGCAAUUUUUAGGCCCGAAACUGUCACGGACAGUCCCCUUAAGCCAUUAUGCACAAAACCGGAAUGUCUUCCACGGCCACCUGCUGCAUCUAGUUCUGGGGAAGAUUUUGGAGUUCCAGUGUUGACGAUCGCAGACGUGGAUCCGUGUAUCGCUGAGAAUGGAUUCAAUCAUAGAACAUCCAGAUACGACUUGAUGGCCAGACAGGACGACAAAUCUAGGCUGGUCGUUAGACGGGGACAAGAAUUUUACUUACACUUGACUUUGUCCAGAGAUUACGAGCCAAGUAUCGAUGGUAUGUCGAUAAUUUUCACGGUUGACGGAGUCGAGAGGCCGCUAUACGGGCACGGAACCCUCGUUGCGACGGCUGUUCUUUAUCCGGGAGAACCGUCCGAGGGUUCCUGGCAUGCCACCAUUGACGCUAUUCAACACAAUUUUAUUCGAUUGAAGAUCGUAGCAGCUCCCGACGCGAUAAUAGGCAAGUGGAGGAUAGACAUCGACACCAAGAACAAGAAUUUAGACGGAGCCGUUAGUUACACGGUGAAACAACCGUUUUAUCUAAUUUUCAAUCCCUGGUGCAGAGAGGACGCGGUGUACAUGGAGGAGGAGGAUCAGCGACAGGAGUACGUGAUGGCGGAGGAUGGUUUGAUAUGGCGUGGAAGCUACAAUCGUCUGAGACCAACGGUUUGGAAAUAUUCGCAGUUCGAGCGAGAUAUAUUAGAUUGCGCGCUGCAUCUGAUGAUUCAAGUUGGGAAAGUUCGAAUACACGGCAGAAACGACCCUGUCGUUAUAUCUCGCAUUCUGUCGGCAGCUGUAAAUUCGCCGGAUGACAACGGCGCGGUAAUGGGUAACUGGUCCGACGAUUUUGGAGGUGGUACACCACCGACCAAAUGGUUGGGUUCGCAAAAGAUCCUGCAACAAUACUAUAAGACGAAGAAACCGGUCAAGUAUGGUCAAUGCUGGGUAUUCUCAGGAGUGUUGGCCACCGUUUGCCGUACACUGGGACUACCUUGUCGCGUGGUAACCAAUUAUGCGAGCGCGCACGAUACUCAGAGCAGCUUGACCGUCGACUAUUUCGUCGAUGCCGAGGGGAAAGUUAUGGAGGAGAUGAACAGCGAUUCGAUAUGGAAUUUCCACGUGUGGAACGAGGUAUGGAUGACUCGAUUGGACUUGUCGCCGGAAUAUUCUGGUUGGCAAGCGAUCGAUGCGACUCCUCAAGAAUUGAGCGAAGACGCGUACCGUUGCGGACCGGCUUCCGUCGCCGCUGUGAAGAAAGGCGAGGUUCUCCGACCUUACGACAAUGCCUUCCUCUUCGCCGAGGUCAACGCGGAUAAAGUGUUUUGGCGUUACAACGGACCGACUCAACCUUUAAAAUUGAUUCGAAAGGACGUGUACGGCAUCGGGCAAUUUAUUAGCACGAAAGCGAUCGGUAGAUGGGCGAGGGAAGAUAUCACUCAUACCUACAAGUAUCCAGAAAAGUCGGAAGAAGAACGGGCUGCCAUGUUGAAGGCGUUGCGUCAAAGUCAGUCGUUGUUCAGUCGUUAUUACCUCAACGAGGAGUUCAACGAUGUCAUGUUCAACUUCGAGCUACGCGACGAUAUCGUGAUCGGACAACCUUUCAGCGUCGUGUUGCUGAUUAAAAAUAGAAGCAAUUACAACGAGUAUGAGGUCUCGGUGAUUUUAAGAGUAGAGACGGUUCUGUACACCGGACGGGUCGGCGACCCAGUGAAGAGAUUAAGUAUCGAUCGACUGGUGAGACCUGGAGUCCUCGAGGAAGUGCGUAUGGAUGUAUCCUGGGAGGAAUACGGGCCUCGACUAUUGAAUCAGUGCGCAUUCAAUAUCUCCUGCCUGGCCACCAUCAAGAACACCAAUUUCGAGUACUUUGCGCAAGACGAUUUUCGCGUGAGGAAACCCGACAUUAAAAUCACGUUGGAGAACGAGCCGGAAGUUGGCAAGACGCUAAACGCGACAGCGAAAUUUCAAAAUCCGCUACCCAUCCCAUUGAAGAAGUGCAGAUUCUUGAUCGAGGGACCCGGAAUGGACGAGCAGCUGAAAUUGAAACUGUCGGACCAGGUAGAGGUGGACGCGUACGCGGAAUGUUCGUUCUCCAUGGUACCGAAAUUCGAAGGUCGCGCCACGAUCGCCGCGAAAUUUUACUCGAAAGAGCUCGAGGACGUUGACGGUUUCGUCAAUUUUAUGGUAAAAUCGAUGAAAGCCGUUACGAACGGCGAGUAACGAGACCCGACGAACUGAAAUCGACGGCGUAAGUAGUCUGUAUUCACGUGUCUUCCAGCGAGCUCCGUCCUUUUAACAAGUGUUCGUAAUGUUUUGUACGAAAUAAAAGUUUGAAAGUCGCCUGCCUCGCAUAUGCCGUAUGCGAAGGUGGCGCGAGUCGAACAUUUUCGUUCAGAUACUAUGCAGGAUCCUUUUCCUUCCGCGGCGUCUACAUCGAGAACGUUUAGAGUAAACGUCAGAAACGAGAAGAAGCGGCAGGACGAAUGGCAUACCGGUUCGGAACAGGCUUCUACGUUAGGCCAAUAAAAAAUUCAAUCGACAGAGAACUACCUGAGCAGCGUGGAUAGCCGGGACUACCGACUACACGCGGCAGGCGAUAUUAACGAGCGGCGAUCGAGAGAGUCGCUGUGUCGUGUGCGUGAUUAUUCGGAAUAACAGACGGAGAUAUAGGAAGAGGAGGAAGGAGAAGAAAAGGAGAAGAAACGGGACAGGGAAGAGAAACGAUCGCGAUGAUGACGAGUGUUCACGAGCGCACGCAUGACACUGACGCGAGUCAUGCAUCACCAUCUAGGAAAUUAACGUUGAAAUAUUAUAGACGAUGAAUGGACCCGAUAGCGAGCCAACUCGCUCGGGACGAAGUCCAGCUUCGACCACUUGCCUGCGAAAGAAACUGGCUGCCAGCCGACUCGACGGUAAAACCAAUCGACCAAGUUCGUUGGACGGUACGUCGAUCGAUCGAAAUGGGAAAGCAGGGUGGGGUUCGAUGACAGACAUUAAUUUACUAUUAUCUAAGGACGCGAAGAGUACGCGUGGAUAUACCGCCGUGCGUGAUUUCCCCCGCCUAUGUACUUUCGACUCGCGAAUCGCAAUCGCGUGGAGACGAGGUAGUAUUUUUAUAACGGGUCCCCGUUUCGAUUAAAAGAGACUAAAGAGGAAGAGGAACGGAACGAUAAGCUGGUAGCAAGUGAAGACGAAUACGAGGAUCGUAGAAGGGGGGAAGAAAAAUGAUAAACGAAAACGUUGGAGUGGAAGAGAGCGAAGAGGGUGGCGGAGGGUCGCGAGGAAGCCGGCGGGAGACGAACGAAGCGAAGAGGGAGGAAGAGAGAAAGGGAGAGGAAGAGAAGAAGAGAGGAAGAACGAUAUGGAAGAUAGUAGUGAGAUAUGUCUAAAUACAUAACCGUGACACGUGAUGGACGUGUUGCGGCCCCUGUCUACAGGGGUCUCGAAGGAGCCUACGGGGCCCGUACCGAUCUCCAUUUGGAUCCACGGGAUUCUGGACUUGGCACCCUGCUACGCGCCAUGCAUCAACACCCAAGAUCCAUCCCAUUAUACCUCAUCAGAAUAACAAACACGCCUUCCAUGCUAAA